AGAUCAUCAAUUUCUUUUGUGUCACUCGGGUAUUUGAUCGACAGAAAACUGACAGUUAAUUAGUGAAGUUCACUUGUGCCUAGCACACCUCUUCUAUGACCAUGGCUGACAUGCCUAGGAGUGCAGAUCUUGACCGUGAAUUAGAUACAAAGUUGAAGACUGGUGAUCAUGUGAUUGUGUAUGAACAGUUGCUUAAUGCUUGUACCCAUUGGUACGAUAUUGGAUUGAAAUUGAAGGCUCCCAAUGAAAAACUAAAGAGUAUCAGAGAAGCCAAUCAAGCUGAUUCAGAAAAAUGCUUAUGUGAUAUGAUUGAUUACUGCAUGAAAAGCAACGAUGGUCUCACUUGGAGAAGAGUGUGUGACUCUCUCAGAUCUUCAUUAGUGAAAUGUGACCAAAUUGCUGAAUGUAUCGAAGAGUACCUCAUUAAAAAAGUCAGCAGAGAUAGGCUAAACCAAGAAAGUCCUGAAGAAAUUCAUCUUUUUCCCAGCUCAGAGUCAGAGAACUCUACUAAGUCUUCUGAAUCAGGUUUGACAAUAGAGGUUCUACAAACAACUAUGAACAUCACUGACGAACAGCUUAACUUAAUAAUUCAAGAAACAUAUCUCUGUGAAUUGGCAGCUUGCUUUGAUAACACUGAUGACUAUGUCGAGAAGCUAGGGCUCUCAGAUGCACAGCAGACGGAUGUCAAAGAAGAAAAAGCUAAAGCUGUUAUCGAUCGCACACAGGCCGGUAUGAAGUUGGCUCUCAAAUACUGGCUGAAAAAAACACAUUUGGAGGCAACUUUCCAUUUUUUACUCUCCCUCAUACUUCCCAUGAAUAAAGGAAAUGUUGCUGUCAAAGUAUGCAAGUUCCUGUGUACUAAACUACAAACCCCAAAACGGAAACGGAAGAACUCAGAUUGUGGCAUGUCCAAACAAACAAGAAUAAAGAAGUCAGACUUACAAGACGCUGAUAUUUCGGAGCAACUGCAAGUAGUAGAAGAAUUGGACUUGCUGGAAGAAGAUUUUUCUACGGAAGAUUCGUUCAACAAUCUGUCCAACCAAAUACGGGACUCACUGGAGGCUCAAGGCUAUAAGCCACUUGAAUUAAUUUCAUGCUUGCAAGGAUAUAAUAUGUUUCCUGAAUUUCUUAAAUCUGACACUAUUUUUGCAGAAGAGAAGAAAAAAUGUAUAAAUUGUGAAACAAUUAUUGACAUGUGGCCUGUUAUCGGUAAUUUCUUCAUAUCUUUCAGCUAUAAGAUACUGAAGUAUCUCAUCCAGAAGUUGGGAACAGACUAUGACAAGCAAUGCUUGCAAGAAUAUGAAAAAUUGUUCAUUGAGCAUUCCAAGAAGUCUCUUGAGAACUACAGCGGAGCCUUGGCUCGAUUCACAGAAGGCACCACAUGUACUGAAUUGAUCUUCAAAAUUAAUCAAAGCUUCAAGAAGAUUUCUGCUAAACAUCUUGAAGAACUGAAGAUUAACCUGGCUAAAGCACUUGAUAUUCCAAAUGACCAUCUUAAACGUUUCGGUAUUCAACCAGGCUGCAUUGAAAUAACUUAUCAUGUUCCACUGUACAUCGAAUUUCAACUAAAAGCAUUUGCAAUUUCAGCAGAACAGCAAACUUUACUAAAAAAUCUCAGAGUUAUUUGGCUAAAAUGUGGAUGCUUUUGGUAUUAUGUACAGAAUGUUGAUGGAUCAGGCCCAGAAAACAAUCAUAGAAGACCAGAUACAGAUGGCGACAGUUCUAGUGAUGCUCACAAGAAGUUUAUCUCUAACAUGAAUCCUUAUGGUUCAGCUACUGCCAUUUCUGUUUAUGAUCAACUUCAAAAGGCAAGCUCUAUUCACGACAGUGAAUCUGGAUAUGCCACAAUGGGUAAAGAGUUUCCUUUUGGCAAAACACCAGCUCGCAAGCAACCAGAGGAGAAAAUAGACCGACUUGGUCUUUUAAACACCAUUGAAACCUCACCAAUGAAAUAUUUUCCCAGUGCAAUGGCAGCACAGAUUGAGACUAGUCGUUUAUUGAAAAGAUAUAAAGCAUGUGUUCCAAAACGAAAUUCUCAACUUCAUAUUGCUUGUUAUAAUGGUGAUGUUGCAGCAUGUAUUAAACUUCAGGAACUAGAUCCAUUAGACUUUAAUCAACAAGGUGAUACGGCUCUUCACACUGCCGCAAGAGCUGGACAUCUUAACGUUGUUAAAUACCUUGUUGAACAGUGCCAAGUCAAUGCAGCUUGUGAAGCUACUGAUGGUUCAACUGCUUUUCAUGUUGCUGCUUUCUAUGGGCACAAACAUAUCGUCAAGUAUUUUAUUGAGAAAGGAGUUGAUCCAUUAUACUGUAAUGAAUACAAGGAAACACCUUUAUUUCCGGCUUGCUUAGCUGGUAACGUGCAGAUAGUCCAACUUUUGGUUCAGGAAGCUCAAAAACAUCAGCUAGUUGAAGAUUUCAUUUGUAACACAACUCUCACUGGCGAAUCAGUACUUCACUAUGCUGUAUUGUCCAAAAAAUUAGAAAUGGUUAAGUACUUAGUAAACAUUCAGACUGAAGCUGCUACCCUUCGAAGACUUGAGCGAGACAUGCCAUCUGACAUGACUCAGCAUAGGUUUGCAUUGCUGGAUGAAGCAGACAAAAAUGGCCGCAUGCCUAUUCAUCUAGCUUGUCAAUGUGGUUUGAUAGAUAUUGUUCAGUAUCUAGUUGAAUCAAAGACGUACAAACCAGACAUACUAACAAUUAAUAGAUGUACUCCACUUCACUAUGCAGCUCUAUGUGAAACACCUUGUGUUCUUGAGUACCUGAUUAAGGAACACAAUUGUGAUGUGAUGUGUACUGACAUCCUAAACAAUACACCUGUUCACUAUGCAGCAGUAGGUGGUACUCUAGAAAUUUUCAAAUGUCUUAUAGAAGCUUAUGGAGGUGAUCCCAAUGUUCUCAAUGUCUACAAAAUAUCACCUCUUCAUAUGGCUUGUCAAUUUGGGCAAAUUCUCAUCACUAAAUAUCUCAUUGAGGAUCGAAAAUGCAACCAAUACUGUAAAGCCUCUCAAGGAAUUACACCUCUUCAGCUUGCUGUUUGUGUAGGUCAGUAUGAAACUGUAAAAUAUUUAACAAUCGAUCGUGAAUGUGACCCAAACACUAAGAAAGAUGAUAAUAAUGAAAUCCAACUCUUACCCUUCGCUAGUUUAGGUCAAAAAUUUUUUGAUCUUUUGCUAGGUAAUGUUGUGCUUCAUCACAUAAAAAAUCCUCCAAGAUUCAUGAAGACUCUUAAAUUUCUUGUUGAAGAGCAAAAUUGUUGUCCAACAUUAUCUUCACUUCAUAUAGCCUGUUUCUAUGAUAAUAUAACGGCUGUCCAAUAUUACAUUGAGGAUCAGAAGUGUGACAAAAAUUCUAAAGAUGUUAACGGAAUAGCUCUUAUACACCUUGCAGCUGUGGGAGACUCUAUUGAUGUCUUUACGUACUUAGCUGAAACUCAACAGGUUGACACGAAUUCCUCAGAUAACAAUGGUAAUACACCAUUGCAUUAUGCAGCUUAUACGAGAGAGAGAAAGUUACUUAAAACAGAUCUCUACAAACGUGUUCUCAAAACUUCCACCAAAUUACGUUUUCAUCAGAAAACAUAUCUAAAAAAUAUUAUCACAGAUAUGAACCAAAGAAGUAUUGAACACCAGCUGAACCUUCCUGUUCUUCGAUACUUAAUAAAUGGAGUAACAAGUAUCUCUGAACUAACUAACAGUAAAGGUCAAACACCACUCCAUAUUGCAUGCGAACAAGGACAACUUAGUACCGUGAAACUGCUCAGCAAAUUUGAGCUUGAAACCAAAGACAAGGAAGGAGCAACACCACUUCACUAUGCUGCAAAAUGUGGUCAUUUACCAGUUGUUGAAUAUCUAGCUUUGGAGAAAAACUGUGAUAUAAAAUGUGUUGACAAUGACAAUAAUACACCUGCUCAUCUUGCCACAAUUAGUGGACAUGUAGAUGUGAUGAAAUUUUUUGUUGAAAAAAUGGGAUUUGACAUUCUUGCUGACAGUGACCAAGAGUCACAUGGCAUCAAGUUGUGUCCAUUUCCUAUUCAUGAAGCGUGUGUGGUGGGAAACAUGAACAAUGUCAGGUAUCUGGUUAAAGAAGUCCAAUGUGAUAUAAUGACAAGAGAUGAAGACGGCUGUGUACCUCUUCAUCUUACAGCAAUGCUUGGAGACAUUACCACAAUAAAAUACUUGGUGGAAGAAUGUGGUUGUGAUGUCCUAGUUACAAAUAAAAAUAGCUUAACUCCUUUUCACUUUUCUGUUGCCAAUAAUGUAGACAUCGUAAAGUAUUUUGUUGAAGAGUGCGAAUGUGACGUUCAAGUGAAGACCAAAGACGGAGUAACACCUCUUCACUUGGCAGCUAUGUUUGGAAAGACCGAUAUUGCUAAAUAUUUGAUAAGUAAGAACUCUGACUUGCUACUAUCUCGUGACAAUAAUGGUCGCACACCUCUGCAUACAGCAGCAAUGCAUGGAGAAGUCAAAAUGUGCAAAUUGCUUAUAUCUGAUUUCGACUGUGACAAGAAUGAUACAACUAAAUUAGGCCAAACUCCAGUUCAUUUUGCUGCAAGCAAUGGCCACUUACCUGUUGUGGAGUACCUAACACUUGAAGUGAGCUGUAAAAAGUCUAUCACAAAUGUAGAUGGUUUCACACCAGCUCACUUAGCCGCUAUAAACGGACAUCUAGAUGUGCUCACAUUUUUUGUCGAGAGGCUGAAUUAUAAUAUACAAAAUGAAAAAGCACUUAUAAUUAGCAUGCUUAUUCAUUCAACAGCAGCAAAAAAUGGAAACAUAGCUAUCUUGAAGUAUUUGGUUGAAGAAUGUAAAUGUGAUGUAAUGGACAAAGAUAAAUGUGAUCGAGGGCCCCUUCACUAUGCAGCAAGAUUUGGACAAGUGGAGGCAGUAAGGUAUUUAAUUGAAAAGUGUGAAUGCGAUGCAAUGGUAAAAGAUAGUUAUGGUAUGCUACCUCUGGAUUAUUCUGCUGCUAGCUAUGAAACAACAGAAAUUAUGAGGUACCUCAUUGAAGAGUGCCAAUGUCCUUUAAACUCAAUGAACAAAACAGGUCAAGUUCUUCUGCAUCAUGCCGCAAUGCAUGGAAAUAUUGAGGCUAUUGUGUACUUAACAAGUAAAACAACUGAUCAUUUACCUCGAGAUUUUAUGGAAAUCACUCCUCUUCAUUAUGCAGUAUUGAAUGGGUCGCUCCCGAUUGUCACUUACUAUAUAUCAUACCUCAAGUGCGACCCCAAUAUUCCAUAUCUUUCGGAUACUACUCUAUUUCAAUUGGCGUGUUCUGGAGACCACUUGAAUAUUGUACAGUUUCUUCAACAAUGCCCUGCAUGUGAUUUUCAAGCGAGUGACAGAAAUGGCAAGUCAUCUUUACAUUACGCUCUUGAUGCAAAGCAGAUUGAAGUUUCACAUUUUCUUGUGAACCUAAAAUUAUGUGAUGUAACAGCUACUGAUAAGGCAGGAAACACAUGCCUUCACAUUGCAGCUGAGCAUGGACUACUCAAGUUCGUUCAGUUAUUCGUAGACGACUUUGGUUUUGAUCCCAACUCCUUAAAUGCACGCAAACUAACUCCUUUUCAUCUAGCUUGCAAAAAUGGACACGAAGACGUGAUUAAGUACUUAACAAGGCACAUUCAUCCAGUAAAAAAUGGCGAUCAUUUUAUCAACCUUUGUUUUGCUCUGCAGAGCAAUAAUAUUGAAAUUGCAAAAGAACUUGCCUUGUCGCCAGAAUAUGAUCUAAAAAGCAGAGACCACAAUGGUCAGACAAUUUUUCAUUAUGUAACAAUGUAUCAUUAUUUUGUCAAAACUUUGACGAAAGAGUUUAUCAAUUUUCUGAUUGAGAGAGGGUGUGAUGUAACCAUUGCCGAUAAUGAAGGAAACACAUGUCUCCAUAUUGCAACAGAGCUUGGACAGCUUGAACUAGUUCAAAUGUUUGUUGUUGUAUAUGGACUUAAAGUCAACCAUCAAAACUCCGUAGGAUUAACUCCCUUGCAUCUAGCUGCUUGUAAUGGGUACGAGCAUGUAGCCAGAUUUCUACUUGAGCUACCUAACUGUGAUGUAAUGCGUAAAGACAAAGAUAACUGGACUCCUCUACAUCAUGCUAUCAUGGGUGAGUCUAUGGAAAUUGUCCAAAUGUUUUUAAUGGACAGAAGAACAAAUGUAGACGUUAAAGAUGACAAAGGCAAUUCUCUUCUUCAUACAUUAGCGAGUCAAUAUAGCCCUGAUAGUGAUUUGUCAAUCAUGCACUCGCUAUUGGCAUUUGGGGCAAAUCCAACUGCUGUAAAUAACUUUAACGAGACUCCACUUCAUGUAGCUUGUAUACAUGGACACAAGGAAAUUGCAGAUGUCAUUAUCAAUCACAUGGAUCCCUGCUCUAUAACAACAGAAGUUGACUGCAGUAAAGCAACACCUCUCCACCAUGCUGCACUAGGAGGGAAUUUGAACGUAGUCAAUUUGUUGAUGUCCAACGGUUACAGCCCCAUUUGGAAAGAUUUCCAAGGCAACACUGCUCUACAUUAUGCUGCAAUAAAUGGGCAGAUCGACAUUUUGAGACAUCUCAUUGUUGACUAUGAUCUUGACCCUAACUGUACGAAUGAAAGUGGAUUUACUCCAGCACAUGCAGCAUGCUCAGGAGCAAAUCUUAGUAUAGCAAAUCAUUUACUUUGGAGAGCUACAGCUACAGAAACCGAUUUAUAUAAAACUGUCUGUUUCCUGGGAUCUGAAAUUAUCAGUUUAAAUCAAAAUUUGAGGACCAACACUGGAGAAAGUAUUCUUCACUCUGUAUCUCGUAGUGGCUACCAAAGCAUAGUCAGGUACUUGAUCAAUGUUCUAAAAUUUGAUUCUCGUAUAACCAACCAAGUUGGCUGUACUUCAUUAGACAUAGCUAUUGGCUAUCGCAAUUUAGAUGUAAUCCCUUUUCUUAAAGAUCACACCCCUGCCAUUCAGUUUUCACCUUCAGCACUCCAUCUAGCGGCCCUGCUUGGCCACAUCUCAUCAGUGCAAUACUAUAUCACUGACCUCCAAUCUGACCCUGACCUCCAAGACUCUAUUGGACGAACCCCCCUCCACUAUGCUGUUAUGGGGGGACGCCAAGCAAUAGCCCGAUUUUUAGUUCACUCAAGAGCCGAUCUUCUCUCCAAGGAUGUUUUCCACAACCUACCUCUCCACUACGCUGCUGCCCUUGGUCAUUGUGAUUUGGUCCAAUUUCUAGUCAACAUUGGCUCUCCAACUACCACCAGAGGUGUGCUGGGAAAGACACUUGCUGAGAUGGCUAUAGACGGAGGACACACAAAUGUUGUCGACUUUCUUAGCAGCCUUCCAGAUUGUCAAGUUCUUUAGAAGCACUGUAUCACUGCACCACCCCCCCCUACUCUGUAUUAUUAUAGACUAUUUUAGAAUUCACAUUACACCUUUUUUGUUUUCACACUAUCAUUCAUCACAAUACAUACAUCACAAUACAUCACAAUACAUACAUGCAAAUUCCCUAAAUACCAAUUGUUUUAAUUAUGUACGGUGCUCUUGUGUGCCAUAAUAGUAAUUUGUCUGUUUGUGUAUACAGUUAUUACAUUAUUUUCUUAGUUAUCAUUGUGAACGUUAUACUGGAUGUAUAUGUAGUGAAUGUGUCCUUUAAUAUUUUUUCUACAUACGUCUACAAAAUGCCAUAACAGUAAUUUGUCUGUUUGUGUAUACAUUUCUUAGUUAUCAUUGUGAACGUUAUACUGGAUGUAUAUGUAGUGAAUGUGUCCUUUAAUAUUUUUUCUACAUACGUCUACAAAAUUAAGCAGAUUAUUGAUAUAAGAAAUGCUGUAAAUUACAUGACUUUUAUGGCGAAUUCUAAUGACUAGUAAUUAAUA